AAAUUCACAUUUAUGAUUACAAAAUUAAAAUUAAAUUGAAAAGAGAAUCGCGCGUAUCCCGAGGCUCAAUCAAUUUCCUUAUAAACAAUCAUCAAUCUCCCGCCAUCAACACUUAUUUUCUUCUCACUUUUUUUUCGAAGUUAAAUUUUCCAAGGCAAAUAAUUAAAUUCCAUUGAAAAAAAAGACACGACCCAUGGAUCUACCGGUGAUUGAUCUAGCACCGUAUUUGUCAGUCGCCGUCGAAGCCAACGGAGAUGCUGACGUGAUGACAGUGUCGAGUGAACUCGGUGAGUUGUGUAAGCAAGUCAGUCAGAUUCUGAAGGAAACGGGGGCUCUGUUGGUGAAGGAUCCCAGAUGUACGGUGGAGGACAACGAUCGGUUCCUCGACAUGAUGGAGAAGUACUUCGAGAGACCGAAGGAGUUCAAACUGUUGCAGGAGAGGCCCGAUUUGCAUUACCAGGUUGGGGUGACUCCAGAAGGAGUAGAAGUUCCAAGAAGCCUAGUUGAUGAGGAAAUGCAAGGGAAAUUAAAAGCAAUGCCAAAAGAGUUUCAACCAUCAUUGCCUACUGGGCCAGAUCCAAAGUGGCGAUACAUGUGGAGAGUUGGUCCUCGGCCAUUAAACACCCGCUUUCAGGAACUUAAUUCAGAGCCUGUCAUACCUGAAGGCUUUCCUGAGUGGAAAGAUACCAUGGACUCCUGGGGAUACAAAAUGAUAUCUGCUAUAGAGGUUGUUGCUGAAAUGGCAGCUAUUGGUUUUGGCUUGCCAAAGGAUGCAUUCACUUCUCUUAUGAAGCAGGGACCUCAUCUUCUUGCUCCAACUGGGAGUGAUCUUGCUCAUCAUGGUCAGGAGGGCACUGUGUUUGCAGGGUAUCAUUAUGACCUUAACUUUCUAACAAUUCACGGCAGAAGCAGAUUCCCUGGUCUAAACAUUUGGCUAAGGAAUGGGCAAAAAGUUGAAGUGAAGGUUCCUGUAGGAUGCCUUUUGAUUCAGACAGGAAAGCAGAUAGAAUGGUUGACUGCAGGAGACUGCAUUGCCGGAAUGCAUGAAGUUGUUGUCACAACCAGGACAAUCAAUGCAAUCAAACUAGCAUCAGAGCAAAACCGCAGCCUAUGGAGAGUAUCCUCAACGCUUUUUGCCCACAUUGCAUCAGAUGCUGUGUUGAAGCCUUUAGGCUGCUUUGCUGAAUCCCCUCUUGCCAGCAAGUAUCCACCUAUUUGUGCAGGAGAGUUUGUCGAACAAGAGCUUGGUGUGAUCAAUCUAAAAGGAAAUAAAGGGGGGUCUUGAUAAAUUAUAAUAUGUACAAUGUUAGAUUGUUGUUUAUCAAUAGACAUUAAAAGCACCCCAGUUUGUUGGGUUGAAAUGACUUACUGAUACUUCAUUUGUUUUCUGAUAUUGCUGCAUAUUGUUCAUGCAAAUUAAUAAAUAACUUUGUAAUUGUUCUGAAUUA